UAUUUCAUGACGGCAAAGUUUGGUUGUACUUCAGUUUGAUCAUGGAAAGCUAAAUAGUGUGUCCCCCUUGUUAGCCAAACAGCCAUCCGCGCGGAGCCGUGUUUGUUUUUUCAAUAAAAGUGUCUGCCCGUACCUGUUGCUAAACCGCCCUCCGACUGCAGUGAUUAUGACUAUGCUAUCUCAGAAACUUUACUCGGACACUGUGAGCAGUUCAAUGAGUAGCGUGAACACGAUGAGCCCGACGAUGACACAGAGUUACUCUUUAAACAGCAUGAGUUGCGUCUCUAUGAACUCAUGCUCGCCGCAGAGUGGAGGAUUCCCGACGAAUAUGCUGGGACCCCCUGGAGCCGGGAUGGGCUCGAUGCCGAUGAACGGGAACUGCAUGUCGUCCAGUGCCAUGAGCUACGGGAACAUGAAUCCGGUGAGCAGUUGUAUGAACUCCCUGAACAACUAUAAUUCUGGGAUUCAGGCUAUGGGCAUGGGCCGAGGGGAUCUGCUCGCGGCCGACGCGGCCGGCUCAUCCAACUCGGCGGUCGUCCUCCAGAGGGCCAGGAACGACAAGACGUACAGGAGGAGUUACACGCACGCGAAACCGGCCUACUCUUACAUAUCCCUCAUCACGAUGGCCAUACAGAAUUCCCCUUCGAAAAUGUUGACCCUGUCGGAGAUCUACCAGUUCAUAAUGGACUUGUUUCCGUUUUACCGGCAGAACCAGCAGAGGUGGCAGAAUUCGAUAAGGCACUCGUUGUCUUUCAACGACUGUUUCGUCAAAGUGCCGAGGACCCCCGACAAGCCGGGCAAAGGAUCAUUCUGGACGUUGCAUCCCGAUUCGGGGAACAUGUUCGAAAACGGAUGCUACCUGCGGAGGCAGAAAAGAUUCAAAGACGAGAAGAAAGAAGCCGCGAGGCAGUCUCAUAAAAGUGUAUCGCCCCAUCAUCACCACUCUCAUCACGGCCAUCACCACGAUGAUAAAAAGAGCCAGGACAAAUUGGACAAGACCGAUCUGAGCGCUUUGCAAGGGAGCAUGCCCGGCAAGGAUACGGAUAUAGCCACGCUCUUACACCAGAACGGACCCGAAUUGUGCCUCCAACAACCUCAAGACGAACUCCUCGGGAGGUGUCAUCCCCAUCUGGGACUGUCAGAACAUUACAACCAGCACCAUUUGAAACAGGAGUACACAGCGGCGUCUCACCCCUUUUCCAUAACGAGGCUUUUACCGACGGAAAGCAAGGCGGACAUCAAAAUGUACGACAUGUCGCAGUACGGAUACAACGACGCCUACUACCAGAGUACCAUCUACCACCCGACGACGCCGGGAACUACCGCUUUGUGACAGUACCCUCUCACAGGGCAAGGGCAAUUCUCGAGACGAUUUUCAUCCCGUUUUGCCAGCUGUGAAGAUUCACAUCGGGAUUUUAAAGGACGUAAUUGUGUAAUUUGAGUGUAAAUAUAUACAAAAGAAUUAAUUAUUAGCGUGUAGAUACGUGUUGCAUCCACGUCUGCCAAAAAGUAAAAAAAAUAAUAAAUGGAAAAAGAACUUAUUGUAUAUUUUAUCAGAUUUAGUUUUUAGAUAAGGGGGACCCAGUCAUUUAUGGUUUACACCCGUUUCUGUUUUAUAUUUUCUUUUUUCGAACUUUUUAGGUUUUUUGUUUGUUGUUUGUACAUU